AUGAGCUAUCUGAGCCCUUUCAUGGUCGAUCUUCAACACACCUACAUCACAUCACAGCAAUCUUGCAACAAGUCACGAUCCCUGCAAGUGCCGGGUCUUGCUUUGUUCUUUCUCCGAGGACUUUUCCCUCGAGGUGAUUGCUUCGUUGCGCAGCUAGCACUUUCCCAUCGCCGACGAGUCACACGGGGGUCUUGUUGUUUCUGUCUCGUUGGUCUGUCUCGUUCUAGAAGCAACGCCAGCACCGUUGGGGGCAUUUUCCAAAGCUUUGUGGAUUUUCCCCCUCUGAUUCCUCUUUUACCGCCGCAACCAACAAUUUACCCCUGGACCCCUGGACGCGGACACCGCCCGGUCUGGCUUUUUGCUUCUUCACCACCAAAUCCUCGGCCUUCCGACCAAACUGUGACGCCUCUUCGUCAUCUUCGUCAGGCAAGUGUCACACCAGUCUCGCAGCGGUGA